UGUUAUAUUUAUGAAAGAAUGAAUCAGACACAUCAACCAAUGGAUGAGGCUGAACACACCAUCAAACUGCCAUGGAAGAAUGAGGAUUCAUACAAUAAUAAUUUCGAUCUGAACCAAGAUGUCACACCAGGUGAAUAUGUGGUACAGACAUUAUUCCUGGAGUUCUGUUCAGUUACAGACAGGAAGAUCGAACAAGUCUUGGCAGAACCUCUGGAACGUUCUCUCUCCAAGUCUCUACAGCGAAGUGAGGACCCACAGUUAGACCAGGUGCUGUCAUCUUUAGGCUGUGUUGCUGAGCAGUCACUACCAUCUCUGCUUAAUACUUUAUUCAAAUGGUACAAAGGCCAGUUUGUUACUGAUGAAUCCCUUUUCAUUGAACAGUUCAGACAUAAAAACAAAGGAGACAGAGAUUACUUGUGUGAAAAACGUGAUUUGGCUGUAGAAUUCGUCUACUGUUUGGCCCUCACAGAAGUUCUUUCAAAGUUGUACUACCAUCCUGGGCAUGAUGACUUAGUCAACCAAAUAAUUCCUCAUGCUUUUCGGCAUUUCUCCUAUAAAGAAGGACUGCAGUCUUCCCCAAAUGCUGCCAAUAUUAAUCUCAUAUCUGACCUCUAUGCUGAGGUCAUUGGAGUUUUGUCACAAUCCAGGUUUACUCAUGUUCGGAAGAAUUUCCAGAAUGACUUAAAAGACUUAAAAUGCCGAGACCAAAGCACCAGCACCACUCAAAGUAUCAUCAGUUUACUUCGAGGCUUGAAGUUCUUCAGAGUGAAGAUGCAUCCAAUUGAGGAUUUCCAAGCAUGUUUUCAGUUUCUUCAUGAACUUGGUCAUUAUUUCCUUGAAGUGAGGGACAAAGACAUCAGGCAUGCCCUGGCAAUGCUAUUUGUAGAAAUACUGCUCCCAGUUGCCGCUAAAGUGAAGACUGAAGUUAAUGUACCUAUACUAAAAAACUUUGUCGAGAUGCUGUACACCACAUCUAUCGACAUGGCAACCAAAAAGAAACAUACAAUGCAUUUAUUCCCAUUAGUAACCUGCCUACUUAGUGUCAGCCAGAAACAAUUUUUCUUGAACAACUGGCCCUAUUUCCUGACAAUGUGCCUGUCACAACUGAAGAAUAAAGAUCCAAAAAUAUCACGAGUGGCCUUAGAGUCUUUAUAUCGGCUUUUGUGGGUGUAUAUGGUGCGGAUAAAAUGUGAGAGUAAUACAGCUACUGUGAGUCGGCUUCAGAGUAUUGUAAACAGCUUAUUUCCUAAAGGGUCAAAGCUUGUGACCCCUAGAGAUACUCCAUUGAAUAUUUUUGUGAAGAUCAUCCAGUUUAUAGCAAAGGAAAGGUUAGAUUUUGCCAUGAAAGAAAUUAUUUUUGAUCUCCUCUGUGUUGGCAGACCAAUUAAGUUUUUAACUCCAGAGAGAAUGAGUAUUGGAUUACGAGCUUUCCUAGUAAUAGCAGAUAGCUUAGAACAAAAGGAUGGUGACCCACCAAUGCCACAAUCAACAGCCACUUUGCCAUCAGGAAGUACAGUUCGAAUUAAAAGAACUUUCCUCAACAAGAUGCUAACUGAUGAAACUGCUCAAAGAAUUGGCCUCAGUGGCUACCAUUCACAUGUCCUCAAGACUUUCGACUCCAUUCUCCGAGCACUUGACCUUCAAGUCGGAAGAACAUUCUUGCUUACCAAAGGAGAACACACAAAUAAGGAAGCUGAGGAGAUUCUUACCGGUGACCGUAAACCAAAGAUUGAUUUAUUCCGUACAUGUGUGGCAGCAAUUCCUCGCCUGUUACCAGACACAAUGAGUAACCAGGAACUGGUUGAGAUGCUGACCAGACUCACUGUUCAUAUUGAUGAUGAGCUGAAAGGGUUGGCAUUCCAGGCUUUGCAGAAUCUCAUGCAGGAGUCUCCUCUUUACAGACAGCAAGUUAUUCAAGGUUUUGUUUUAUUCAUCCAACAAGAUUUAAGUGACCUUAAUUCUCAGUUACUGGAUGGUGCACUGCGCAUGUUGGUGCAACUGCUGGCACGUUGGAAGAACAAUUCCAGUCCACAGAAAACCCCACCGGCCCGUGUAAAGAAUCUACACACCACUAAUAUUGAGGAACACAUGGAGAAACCUAACCCCACCAGUUUUUACGUCCUCCAUGAAGUGGAAGGUCUUGCCCUUGUUAUGCUCUGUAGCAUUCGCUUGGUGACCAGGAAAUUAGCCCUGCUUCUUCUCAAGGAGGUUCGGUGCAUCCUUGGCACUAAUGAAUCUGCACAAGCCGAGGUCUCUACUCCUUGUUUACUUGAUAUGAUGAACACACACAGCCCUGCUGCCGUGAAGCAGGUCCUACCUUACUUACCAGCAUCAGAAAAGGCUGCUGUAUUAGUUGUGUCCAACAUUGACCUGCAGUGGAUUCUUGACCGAGCCGCACAUGUUUGGUCAGCACCAAAGCAGCAUUCAGAGGAAAUCCAGCAGUAUACAAUGGUGAAUACGACCUUCAGCCAACCAGACCCUUGGGUCAAGUGCCUUGUCAAUAUUGUCUCACCGUCUUCGUCAUCAUGUCCGUCAUCAUCGUCAUCAUUCAGUCAGAGCCCUCCAGCUAUUGGUUAUGCAUGGAUGGUCGUUUACUCCAGGCUUCAGUCUCUCUUCCCAUUGGUUGAUUUGAGUGCUCAGAGCAAUGAUAACCGAGCUUCCAGUAUCCUCCGUUCUGUUAGCAAGAAGGUAAGCAAUGAGACAGAAGCUUUCCUACAUCUGUGGCACAGCUACACAGUAUUGGCAUGUAGUCUGGCCCAGCAAGGGACCCAGUAUUCAAUGGUUUAUGAUUUCAGUUCCUCUAUGGAGAUUAACGGUAACAACAACAACAAUACCAACAAUGGCAGCAACAAUAACAACACCAACAGUAGCAAUAACAACAACAAUAACAACAACAGUUCUGAAAAAACCGAAAGUAAGAGCCCACCACACAACACUGAGUCUAAAGUGCAGAAUCUGUUUCGACUGUUAGUGCCACUGAUGAAAAGUGAUCACUCGGACAUGAGGGACAUUGUGGUCAGUGCACUGGGACACACUAACCCAGCAGUUUUUAAGNNNCUUAUGGAGGAGCUGCAGCCAUUUAUCAAAGAGUCCAAUGACAAAAAAGCUGACAAAGUGAAACAAAAGAGGAAGCGAGACCUUCUCCGUUCCCAAUUGGCUCGAAUCUUUGAACUGCUAGCAACAAACAAAGCUUUUUCAAAACCAACUCCCGGUGGCAUUGAUACUGACAACAACAGUCUGAGUUCAACAUUCUUGGACUAUAUUGAAGGCACCCGACUCUAUCUUGAAGGGGAAAAUGAGAAAGAUUUGCCGAAUCUUAAAGAAAUUCGCUUACAUUUCAGUGGAUUCAUACAGCAGUUGAUAUGGAACACACCUUUAAACUCCCGUGAAAAACUUCUCUCAAAGACUGUGAAAGAAAGUUUGUUUAAUUUAUUAGGCAACUGGGCUGGACAAUUAAACCCAAACAAUUCCACAUCAGAAACCAAAUCCUCAAAGAAAGAUCCUCUAACAGAUCUUGAGAUAGCUGCUGUUGGUGCCAUGUGUGCAAUCCUCUGCUGUGGUCCAGUUUUUGAUGUGUCUGGUCUCAAUGAAGAGGGUUAUAUUUAUAAUUUGCUAAACACAUUUCUCACCUGUAAAAAUGACCAGGUUUAUAACAUUGCCAUAGAAACGGUGACUCUUUUGCUGGAGUUCAAUUAUGAUGGACAGAAUGUUUUAGACUGGGUGAUCGAUUGUUGCUACACUGGCAUCACAUCUGUUGCAGAUGGCUGCCUCAGUGCACUGUUAGCUGUCUUUAAAACCAGGGAAUAUCCAUGUGAUCAUGUAUCAAUGCUAAAUCUCGCAGUAAUGCAUGUAGGCUGUCCACGCAUAAAAACACAUGAGACUGCAUUAGAACUUCUGCAAUUGUUAGACACGCGCUUCUUCCAGGAUGCGCCAGUCUUUGUCGAGAGUUCCGAUGAUGCCGUACAACAGCUGAAACCCCCACUCAAUGAUAUUAAACUCGCUGUGUCUUAUUCCCACUCUCAGUCAGUACUAACAGAACAACUGUCAAAACUCCACCCAGAUCUAACUAUGCCGAUGUUUUCGGAGAUUAGUCACCGGUUCCAAACAGCAAAACCUGCACUUCGUCAAGUUUUGCUGCAAUGUCUGCUGCCCUGGCUGUACAAUAUGGAGCUUAUUGAUUCCAGUGCACCAGCUGCUGCAGCAUCCCCAACUUCUGCCAUGAAGACUGCUCCGGAUACCUUCAGUGUGACCACAUCUAAGACUCACUUGAAGGAUGAAGGAUGGGGGUCUGCGCAAGCAACAGAAAUGGUUCUCAAUAACCUCUUUUACAUCACUGUCAAGUUUGGUGAUGAACAUCCUCAUGAAAUAGAAAACUUGUGGUCAGCAUUAGUACAGUCUUGGCCCCACAAUCUCAGGGUCACUAUGAGAUAUCUAGCUGUCAUGUCUAACCUUGCUCCUGUGACUCUUCUGCCUUAUGCAAAACGUGUGAUGAGCUACAUGGCUAGGGCAAUUCCAGAAGCAGUUAUUGAUGAACUUAUGAUAGAACUUCAGACAAUCGAAACCAUGAAGCAAUUAAUAGAACGGACCCAGCCCCCUCCGUUUUACCGCCUCUCUAACUGUAAAGAUGGACACUUAGUGAGUGAUGUCACAGACAAGGAGAAGAUGAAUGGAAAUUAUAAGACCAAUAUCCCACUGGUAAAGGGCAUGCUACAUACAAAGAGACACAAUACCAAUGACGAUUUGUCAGCAGAAAGUUCUCCAAGACCAGAAUCCAUGAUAUCAUUACGGAGUACAUCAACUGAAUCUUCAGUGGUUAGCGUCAAAGAUCAAAAUGAAGAAGACAGAAGCAAUUCAAACAGCCUCGGUGAUACAGUACCCCUUGAAAUAUCACCUCCUGAUAUAAACAUACCAGAAACACCUGUUCCGUAUCCUUUACCAAUGCCUGCAUAUGGUGGGUACUUUGCUCCAAUGUCUGAGUAUUUACCUGAAGUAUUUACUCCUACAUCUGGUCAUCACAGAAGCAACCUGAGCAUCAUGUUCCUAAGUCAACUGGUUCUGGACGGUUUAGAUAUUGACUGGCUCAGUCAUCUACCAUUAAUGUUACACAUCACAUUCCUUGGUCUAGACCAUUAUCAGCCAAUUGUCUAUGAACAUUGUAAACAACUGCUGGAAAACCUGAUGCUUCUUUUAGUGGCAAGAGAACAACAAGGCAUUGCCAAGUUGUUGAUAAAUCAUCGCAGGAAUCACAACAGUGGUGUUGAGUUACAUAUCGGUAAUGGAGAAUUUCUUAAAGAUGGCGGUCCCGUCUCAGAGUUUCUCAUGAACACUCAGAAAGCGUCUGCUUACAACCAAACAACAGAGAAUGAUAACAGCCUGAGUGGAAGUGGCAAAGACGAUCUCCUUGAUGUGAACAAGCUGAAAACCCUGGAAGAUACUGUGCAGGCUCUUCUCAUGUUCAUUGAUGCCAAAGUUGGAAAACCCCUCUGGAGCUAUGAAGACAUUACACCAAAGAAUUUAAGGACAGAGAGUUCAUCUUCAUUGGAAUAUUUCCUGAAACUAGUUCUGAAAAUCUUCAAAGACAUUCAUCCCUUAGCGUUGAUAGAACAGCGUUGGUCACAAAUUGCUUUACAGCUGUCACUUUCCUGUUCUUCACGGCACUAUGCUGGCCGAUGUCUCCAGAUACUUCGAGCAUUGCAAAUUUGUCCAUCAGGUCAGAUGUUGUCAGAUAUUCUCUCUCGAUUGAUUGAAACUGUAUCAGAAGAAGGAGAAGACAUGCAGGGCUAUGUGACCGAAAUAAUGCUAACUUUGGAAUCGUUGGUUGACAAUCUUGAUAUUGACUUCUGCUCCUUUGAUACUAUGCGGGAUCUCUUCCUAUCAACCCCAAAUUUGGCAAAAGAAACAUUGGCUGAGAAUCGCAGAAGUGCCUUCAUAUCUCAGAGCCAAUUCACAGCUCAUGCACGUAGCACCAGUUACACAGUGGUCCCUUCCAAUGUCAAAGAAGCAAGAGUUCGGGCUGUAUCAGAUGCUGACAACCAACAUCCUGCAAUGAAUUCCCAUUCGACUGCUAAUUCUUUGAAAGCUUUUGACCAAACCAAUGCCGAGAAUAAGUUCACUCUUGUCACACAGAUAUUUUGGCUGGCAAUAUCCAUGUUUGAAUCUGACUAUGAGUAUGAAUUCUACAUGGCCAUUCGACUCUUGGAGAAGAUCCUGAGACAUAUACAACCAGAUCGAACAAACAGCAGAGAUAAACUGGAAGAAAUUCUACAACAAAUCAAAUGGACAAACUUUCCUGGUGUUCAGACUUUGCUUUUUAAGGGUUACACAUCUCCCAACCUGGCCAUUCCUACUUGCCACCUGCUCUCUCAGCUUACCCUCUACAUUAAUGUUUAUGUUAUUGAUCCUACUAAAUGCCUUGGUUUCCCAUUGAAUGUCAUAUCCUUGUUGCCAUAUCUGGUACACCAUUAUGAAGAUCCUAGCAAAAAAUGCCGACAAGCUGCUGAAAAUAUCAGUAAAAUGUGCGCACAACAGUCUGAGAGAUUGGACAAUCUAGCAACAGUGAUGUCCCUCUACAGCCGUGGAACCUUUAACAAAGAUAGCCUCCAGUGGACAAAAUGUGUGGUCAAAUACCUACUUGAUGUCUACUUGUCAGCCAGCUUGAGUAUGGUGACUCUUCUUGUUGAGAUUCUAGAGAAAGGUCCAACCACAUUCCAGCCUGCAAUUUUACAAAUUCUACAUUGCCUUGUUCAUUACAUUGACUUCAAAACUAUUUCUCAAUCAACAAUAAACCAACGCCUCUUCUGUCCUGUUGCUAAACUAUCUAACGGUACCUAUUGGAAGGAAGCGUUGAAAAUCCUGAAACUCGCCGUCAACCGUUCCUCCACCCUUGCAGCUGCUCCACAACCCCACCAAACCUGUGUUACUUCCACAGAUCUCAGCAAUUUCUCACCUCGCACUUCUUUCCCCAACAGUGGAGCCUAUAUUAAGAAAGAACUGCCAGGUCGAACACUAGAUGUCAGUGUAGAUCUAUCUAGAAUGCCUUUGAUUGGUCAGAAAUACAUGAAUGCUGACCUCAUCCAUCACAGCGAGGAAGACAAAAUGGUUAGUCUUCUGGCCAUCACUCGCAAACAGUCUACAAAUGUCCAGUGGCUGUCCUCUUGGAAGACACCACAUCUCUCUAGGGCUAAAACUCGAGAACGGCUCAUCAAUCUAUUAACCAGCUUUGGUCAAAGAGUUGGUCUCUUGAAAAGCAUGUCUGUGAUAUUUAGUCAAUCAAGUGAUAUUCCACAACAACAAAACAGUUUGGCAUCGAGUCAAGAAAACUCUACAGCCUCUGUCAAUUCCUCAAAUGAUAUAUUCCUUGGUGACCCUAAUGGUAAAGAGUUGAUGUUAACAUUUAAAGGAUUCGAUUUCCUUGAUAAUGAACUUGAAGAAGUUGAGGAUUCCUAUAUCUUCAAGCAAAAAGAUGACUAUUUCUCUUUGGGUGAUCGUCGCUGUUCAUUGAAUCUCGAUGCGACAGAAUCUUCGUCAACAUUGACAUUUUUUGGCAGCGUACCUGAUUUGAAACUGCUGGAUAAUUUCCCUGAUGCCAAGAGUCUAACCCUGAAAGACAGUUCCAGUUUUCUGGAAGAGGUUUAUUCAGAUGAAUCUCAAGCCUCUGGAGGUGAUGAAGAUGAUGGUAUGCCACAAGUCAACCAAAAUGGAUCUGCUUCAUCUUACCAAAAUCAGACUUUAACCAAAAGAAAAAUUUUUCUUUUGAAUUCUCCAAGCCCAGUCCCUGAUGCUGAACCAACCCCAACACAACCUUCUGCUGUGCCGUCUUUCAGUCUCACCAACAUUUCCAAUUGUGCCUUCCAUUUCAACAUUCACAGUGAAGCUAUUGAGGAUGCUUGGAAGACUCAUGUAUCCGAUGUUCUCAACACUUCUUCAUCAGAACAUGUCAUAUACACUUGCCAAAUUUUCCCACGUUUAUAUAAGGAUUUAUAUAAACAAGUUUUAACACUUAGCAAAGAAGUCUGUUAUUAUCUUCACAAGGCUGAAUCGUUUAAAGAACUUGCUCAAGAUUUUGAACAGAUUAUGCAGAUGCUGUUCACAAAAAUUGAUUGUCCCUUUGUUUUCAUGAUGUCCAAGUCGACGUUAGACUCCAAUGUUGUCAAUAAGCACAAAUUUUGCCUCCUGGAACUCCGAGAAUGCAUGGAUACUUUCAGGUUGAGGAGAGAUCAAGCUAAAGAGAGCCUCAACAUCAUUAUUUCAUCUGAGAAACAGAAUGGUUCAGAUUUAAAUUCAACUUUCCACAGCAGAGAGAAAUUAAACAUGUGCCGCUGUCUCUACAAACUAAUUUUUCAACUGAUGUCGUUGUUUGAAAGUUACUCCAAAGUUCUGGACAUUGUAUAUAAUGUGGACAUUCCCACCCAGGUCAUUAAUAUAUCCAUAUCAGUUACAGCUAUAAAGAAGAAUCUUACCCAAAUCUGGAUGGACUUGGAAAAUGGGCACAACAACCUCUUUGACUUGGAUUCUAAUGCUGAAACCAAAGAGGAAGUUGUUGCCUGCCUAAUUCAGUAUAUAACGGCACACCAUUAUCUUCAGGCUCUACAGUUGUUACGUCUUUUCAGGUGACAAAUCUUAUAUAAAUAUCUAUUCUCAGUGACUGGCAUUUCAGGCUUUUGUGUUUGUGUGUAUAUCUGUCUGUCUAUAUGUAUGUAUGUUCCGUAAAUCCUCGAGUAUAAUCUGCAUUAUUUUCCAAAAAUUUAAAGGUCAAAAUCCCUAGUGCGUACUAUAUACGAGGUUAAAAAUGAAAAAUAUUUUCUAAGCAAUGUCCGAGUCUCUAUUUGCUGUCCGGCAAUGUUUAUUCAGACGCAUUUUGUGAUGUCAGGUGCGAAAAUACCUCAAACUAAGCCUGAAAGCAAUGAAGUCAUAAAAGAAUCAUCCAUAACUUGCAGUAAGCAACAUUUAUUAAAAUAAAAGUGUUGUAUAUCGUCUGCACUGGAUGGUACUCAGGAUGACGUGUGGAAAGAUGAAAUAAAUGAAAGUGAAUCUUCUGAUGUUGACUAUGAAUCUGACGAUGACGGAGAUUUAAACUACAAUGAUGCUGACAUGUUUACAUGCUGAAAGUGACAUUGAAUUUGAAGGAUUUGAAUAAAUGUUUUUGCUUU